AUGGCGGAAGCAGGGUCCCCUCCAACAGGGCCCUCUCCAGCAGAGCCCCCUCCAGCAGGAUCCCCUCCUGCUGCCGCCCUUGCCUCGCAGUGGCUGGCGUUCAGGAACUUGCCUAAGGCUGCCUCCCGGGCGCCCAGGACUAGGAAACGGCAGCUAAAUCCAGACAACUACUUCGUGCCUUUCACGAGAGAAACGGGUGUGCAGGUGGAUUUGGCCAUGGCCCUGCAUCGCGUUAGAUACAGAUAACUAAAAGGGAAAAAUUACCUGUGUAUAAUUUCUUCUCUGUUUAUCAUAGAAACUGGGCUGCUCCUCCAGUUAAAGGAUAUCAAUCAUUUCCUAAUGCAAGACAUUGCCUUCCUGUCUGGUGGCCGGGGAAGGGACAAUGCUUGGAUCAUUACGUUUCCAGAAAACUGUAACUUCAGAUGCAUACCAGAGGAAGUCAUUGCAAAAGUGCUCAAUUACUUGACAUCUAUUGCAAGACAAAGUGGAUCUGACUCCCGAUUUACUAUUAUUCUGGAUCGAAGAAUGGAUACAUGGUCUUCCCUCAAAAUUUCCCUCCAGAAAAUCUCAGCCUCUUUCCCUGGGAACUUACACUUAGUCCUGGUUUUACGUCCUACCAGUUUUCUUCAACGAACUUUCACAGACAUUGGAUUUCGAUUUAGCCAGGAGGAUUUUAUGCUCAAAUUACCAGUUGUUAUGCUGAGCUCAGUUAGUGAUUUGCUGACAUACAUUGAUGACAAGCAGUUAACCCCUGAGUUAGGCGGCACCUUGCAGUACUGCCACAGUGAAUGGAUCAUCUUCAGAAAUGCCAUAGAGAAAUUUGCUGUCACAGUGAAAGAAAUGGCUCAGAUGUUGCAAUCCUUUGGAACAGAACUGGCUGAAGCAGAGCUACCAGAUGAUAUCCCUUCAAUAGAAGAGAUUCUGGCAGGUCGUGCUGAAAGGUAUCAUCUAUUGAAGAAUGACUUAACUACUGUAACCAAAGAAGGAAAAGUUCUUCUCAUGAACCUGCAAGUGCCUGACACUGAAGAAAAUCUCAGUUCAAGUCAUGAAUGUCCCCAGCAUACAAAUGGUGACUGGCAAACUAUUAAAAAGUUGCUGGCUCAGGUGCAUGAUAUGGAAACUGCUUUUGAUGGAUUUUGGGAAAAACAUCAGCUGAAAAUGGAGCAAUAUCUGCAACUGUGGAAGUUUGAGCAAGAAUUUCAAGAGGUUGCGACUCAAGUUGAAUUUUUAUUAAGUCAACAGGAGAGAACUGGAGAUAGCGGGAACUUAGUUCAAGUAAAACAAAGACUUAAAAGAAUAGAGAUCUUGGAUGACAAAUCUCAGGAACUGUUAGCCAAGGGCCGGAUUGUGAUAUUGCAUGGCCACAAGCUGGCAUCGAAUCACCACUAUGCCCUUGAUUUAAUCUGCCAGAGGUGUAAUGAGCUACGCUACCUUUCUGAUAUUUUAGUUAAUGAGAUCAGAUCAAAGCGGAUCCAGCUGAGUAGGACUUUCAAAAUGCACAGACUUCUACAGCAGGCACGUCAGUGCUGUGAUCAAGGGGAAUGCCUCCUGGCUAACCGGGGAAUGGAUAAGUUUCAGACUAAAGAAGAUGCUCAGAAAGCCCUUCAGGAUGUGGACAAUUUCCUUCAAAUGGCCAGGCCUUUCAUCAGUUAUGAUAUCGAAAACAUGCAAUUUGAAUUUGAUGUGCUCCUAUCUCCUGAACUCAAGGCUCAAAUGAAGAAUAUACAACAAAAGCUUGAAAAUAUUCGAAGUGUAUUUGAGAAUCAACAGAAUGCUUAUAAGAUCUCAAAAGAUAGACCUGAGGGGGCAGUCCAGAAUACGAUUCCGGCACCUGAAAAUGUGAUGAGAGCCAGAACAAUAUUCUUUUCACCUAAACAUGUGAAAAAGUCUUGGAGACAGAUUCAAGCUCACAGCAAUGUGAAAGUCGAAGUCAUUCAUGAUAGCCAAGAGAAGAAUUUUGAUCAGCCUCCCAAAUCCGACAGUAGCUUGGAUAUUUUAAAGAACCAUGUUCUGAAUGAACUGAUCCAGACAGAGAGGGCCUAUGUUCGAGAGCUGUUUACUGUUUUGGCUACCCGAUCUGAGAUGGACAAUCCACAGAUGUUUGAUCUUAUGCCACCUCUCCUGAGAAAUAAAAAGGAUGUUCUCUUUGGAAAUAUGGCAGAAAUAUAUGAAUUCCAUAACAACAUUUUCAUGAGCAGAUUGGAAGAUUGCUCUGAUGCUCCAGAAAGAGUGGGACCUUGCUUCCUGGAAAGGAAGGAAGAUUUUCAGAUGUAUGCCAAAUACUGUCAGAAUAAACCUAGGUCAGAGUUAAUUUGGAGGAAGUAUUCUGAAUGUGCCUUUUUCCAGGAAUGUCAACGGAAAUUAAAACAUCGACUUGGUCUAGAUUCCUAUUUGCUCAAGCCAGUUCAGCGAAUCACUAAGUAUCAGUUGCUUUUGAGGUAAUUACAUAAGCAUUCUGAGCUUUUAAAGUAUAGCAAAGAAGGUGAAGGAACUACUAAAUUGAAGGAGGCCCUUGACUCCAUGCUGGAGCUGCUCAAGUCAGUGAAUGAUUCCAUGCAUCAGACUGCCAUCAAUGGCUAUGUUGGAAAUAUGAAUGAUCUGGGAAAGAUGAUUCUUCAAGGUGCCUUCAGUGUUUGGGUAGGACAUCGGAAAGGUGCUACAAAGAUGAAGGAUUUUGCGCGGUUCAAACCCAUGCAGAGACACCUUUUCUUGUAUGAAAAAGCUGUUAUGUUUUGUAAGAGGCGUUUCGAAUCUGGAGAAGGCGCUGACAGAUACCCAUCAUACAGUUUUAAGCACUGCCUAAAAAUACAGAAAAUAAAUACUACUUGACAUUAAAAAGGAGAAAAUCUGCCUCGAUAACGAAAAUUUGAAAUAUGGUAUGGUGAGGAAGAAAUUUAUAUUGUUCAGGCUCCAAAUAUUGAUGUGAAGAUGUUAUGGCUAAAAGAAAUAAGAAACAUUUUGUUGAAGCAGCAGGAACUUUUGACUGCUAAAACCGAGCAGGAUCAGUUAAGUGACCAGGACGAACUUCCUCCCCAGCAGCAGAAUGCUGAACUAUGCAAAAGCUCACCUAUUUUUGUAUGUCAUUCUUUCAGAAAGCAAGAAGAAACUCAUUUAAAUGCUGUGGAAGCAGGAGCAGAAGUGGAACAAGCUAGUGCCGUGAUGGAGGUCAAGGAGGCAGCUCUACUAGUUCAGGCAGAAGCAAAUUGCACAAGUUGUGUCAAGCUGACUUAUUAA